CGCUCGAACUGGCCAUUUUCCCAAGAUCCAAAAUAACAUUUUCCUUCGUCAUUGAUUGACCAAACCAUCACUUCGACACUGCGCCACGGCUUAUCCCGAAACCCAACCUUCCACGCACCAUCCUUCCCAUUCUCACGACGCGCAUUGUUAGACGAUUACAAGCCGACACCAAGUAGUCAUCAUCACGAUCCGUCAUCCCUCUUUUCUCCAAGAUGGAGGUCGACCCGCGCGGCCGCACCGAGUUGAGCCACAGAGGAGGAGACGAUGAUUCUAUCGACACGAGGAUGGCCGACGACAAGCCGACCUAUCGUUCGUGGAAAAAGAAGUAUCGCAAGAUGCGCAUAACCUUUGAUCAGAAGAUGCAUGAAGGCGAGGAGCUGUACAAAGCCGAGCAAAAGGCUCUAGCAACCGCCCGGCGACUAGCCAUUCAGAAGGACCGUCUUCUCGAUCUCCUUCUCGACGUUAACAAUUCCAACCAGAUCCCACCAGAGAAGCGCUUCGAUUUGAGCGUCGAGACACCUUCCGAUAAAGAAGGCCUAUACCUGGACAUCGACAGGCCAUCCACGCCCCCGGGCGGCAUCCGGCCCUCGAAAUCCUACAAGGGACUCCUCCAAGACGUGCCGCACAUGCGGUUUUCCCAAGCAGCCGAGUGUUUCCCGGAGCUUCUCCGAGACCUCGAAGCCGGCCGCGACUCGCCAGCCGAUCCCUUCCAGGGACAACCGCACCCACCUUCGUUUCUCACAGCGGACGAUAUCGACAACUACAUCUGGGAGAUUGACCAACGGUUGGCGAGGAAAGAGGCCAGCGAGACCGGUGUGCCGCCUCCUCCGGCCUUGCCUACCCUCGCGCCGGUCGCCCAGCCGAACAGCGCCGCCGCCAACGCGAGGGAGAGUGGACUGCUCGCCUCCCGGGACUUCCAGCUACGCAACCCGACAUCUGUCUACAACUGGCUGCGGAAACACGCGCCCAAGACAUUCCUACAAGACACAGAGGCCCACGGGGACGACAACGACCACGGCGAGACUCGCGGCACCACCUCGGGUCGUGGCGGACGGGCUAAAGGUGAGCGUGGCGGUGCAUCCGGGGGCCGUGGUGGUCGGGGCGACUCGAACUCGGCUCGCACAAAGAGGGGCGGUGCCAAGUCCGCCGCUGUUGCCGUUGAGGUGCCCGAAUACUUGGACGAAGAUAACAACUUCGAGGCGGUGACACCCAGUACAACGAAAGGCAAGCGGAAGCGGGUCGUGGAUGAUGAUCCGGGCUAUAGGCCCAAGGGGGGCUCGAGUCGACCGACUAAGAAGAAGCGCAAGAGCGAAGGCGGCGGCGGGGAGGCUACGCCUACAUCGGGUACUAAAAGGCCGCGGAAGAGCGCCGGAGCCAGUGGUGAAGCCUCAAAGGCUGAUGAUUAGUGGCUGAAUCCGGACGACGUGAUGGCAUAUCGUGAAUGAGGGUGUGUGUUUGAAUAAUAGCAGUGGCC